AUGGACCAAAUGGACGAGACUUCUGAACUUUCAAGCACCAUACCUGAGCCAGUCUCCUCACAGAACUUAUAUCUCACGGAGCAACUUGCUUCGUACUGGGCAGAGUCCCAAAGCCUUCGUUCUCACAUUGAGAUGCUUCAAACACAGCUUGCUGAAGCCUGCGAAUUGAACAUCAGUAUUUGCCAUGAAUUAUCUGCAGAGCGCAUUCACCACUCGACGGUCGCCAAGGAGCUUUCACUGCUCCGGGAACAGUUUCAACAGCUUAAAGUGAUGGUUUCAGCCAGAGAGGGCUCGGAAAAGACACCGCCCAGGAUCUUUCGACUGGAAGCCAGAGAGAUAGCUCUCCAACAAAUGGAGCUUGAUCUUUCCCAAAAGGCAGCUGCCUUAAGAUUGACUUGUCAAAAUAUUGAAUCAUGGUACUGCCCUAUGUGGGAAAAGCGACUGAAUCACCCGAGGCCUGUGCGGCACGCCAGCUGUGCCGGCGACAGGGGAUGCGCUGCGCCCGCAAAUGGCCAAGAGCGAAUAGGAGCGCCUCCUGGGAUCGUAGAUGUUGGUUUUCGAGGGUAG